AACAUAAUUAUUACAUCAAUUCAAUUCGAUUUAGGUAAUAUUCGUCCUUCAUAUUUGUAAUCAUCUGGUUUGUUUUUCGCACUUGUUCAUUUAGCAAAACAGAAAAAAUGGUCAUUUAUCGUCGAAAUCAUGUUCCACAAUUUAAUUCAUGGGAAAAUCGUUCAUAUAAAUUGAUAGCUCAAUCAAACAUAAUCAGUUUGGAACUUAAAAGAAAAAUUAAUGAAGAAAUUGGUAUCAAAAUGAAUUUGAUUAUUCUGGCUGAACCACCAAGUACAAGAUUUUGGCGUAUUGAAAUACCAAGAGGAUUUUCUGAACAAUUUCCAUUAAAUGAUGAAAUUACUUCGUUGAUUGUUAACAAAGUUCAAAAUCGAAAUCGAAUACUUCGUAUUCGUCAAAGUAUGAUUCAAUAUUAUACAAAUUCAAUUCGAAUCGUUCCAGGAAGAAAUAGUUGGGAUGAAGAACUUAUUGAUAAUCAACCAAAUAAUUAUGGUUAUUUUUAUCAAAUCGAUUCAAAUCGACCAGAUAUUAAUCGAUCUAUUCGAAAUCGUUUUCUACAAACAUAUCAAAGUGGUAAUGAAGAACAAUUUGUAUCAUUCAAAUUGAUUGUUGAAUAUUUUCCUGCAAAUCUUUUCGAUCAAAUGUAAAACACGCUUUGAAUGGUGGUAAAAUCUCCAAUGAAUUUACUAAAAAAAAAAUACUUUUAAUCAACAUUUUUACAAAUCGAUUU